AUGACAGCCCAGUCUUCAAAGACAGUGCUGUCCCUGGACUCUGAGGCAGUGCGCUCACUCAAAGAUGGCAUCAACUUUAAGAAGAGCCCAGAUGAUGGGAAGUGCUACAUCAUAUACAAAGAAAAUGGAGAGCUGAAGGCCUGCAAGAACCAAUGCAAACACCAAGGAGGCCUGUUCAUCAAAGACAUUGAGGACUUAGAUGGAAGGUAAGUAGACUUAAAGGGGAAGUUCAGGAUUCUACAACUCAAGAUAGCUGAAGUUUGUAGUGGCUGUUUAGAGAAUACCCAACCAUGGAUUACAGUUUCUCCUGGCCCAUAGACUACUUUCAGGCCGAGGAACCAUCUAACAUCAAGUUGUAAAAUACAGAGGCUUAGAUAUAACAUAUCUAUUCAGUGGGACUGAAAGGUUUUUCUGAUACAGGACGGUCCGAUGUACAAAACACUACUGGAAGCUGAACGUCUCAACUAUGCAGUAUGUGAACCCUCCCGACAGCUUCACACAGGAUGAGCUGGGUAAGUUGAGCUGCUAUUUUAUUUAUUUAUUAUUAUUUAUUUAACUAGUCAAGUCAGUUAAGAACAAUUUCGUAUUUAAUAUGACGGCCUACUAAAAGGCAAAAGGCCUCCUGCUGGGACGGGGGCUGGGAUUAAAAAUAAAAAUAUAGGACAAAACACACAUCAAGACAAGAGAGACAUAAAGCGAGACCUAAGACAACAACACAGCAUGGCAGCAACACAACAUGACAACAACACGGUAGCAACACAACAUGACAACAACACGGUAGCAACACAACAGGCCUUUCCCAACAAUGUAGAGCAGGGGUGUCAAACUCAUUUUAGCUCAGGGGCCACAUGGAGGAAAAUCUAUUCCCAAGUGGGCCGGACCGGAAAAAUCAUGGUAUAUAUAACUUAAAAACAACAACUUCAGAUUGUUUUCUUUGUUUUAAUACGAUAAACAUACAACAUAAAGCUGGAGCCUGAGGAAAGUGUGUCCAAAAUAGUACAAGCACAACAUCACUAUUAAUCAUAAAACACGUCAAGUUUAUUUGAAAAUUCUAAAGAAAAAGAACACACAAACACACAAUGCCUCAGUGAUUAACAGAACUGUUUCACAGAUCACAGAACUAUAUCAGGGUGUCAUUUCUCAGGCAGAAAUGUAGAUAAAAAUAAUGAAAUCCUGUUCCCCAAACAAGUGCAAGAACCACAGAGUCAAGAAUAGGUUAAAUAUACAAAUAAAAUGAAAUAAAUUAAAAACAAUAGCACAUAAACAUAAAAACAUAUAAACAUAAAGCUGGAGCCUGAGGACAGUGUCCAAAAGCACAACAUCACUAUUAAUCAUAAAACACCUCAAGUUAUUUGAAAGUUCUGAGGACAAAGAACACACAAACACACAAUGCCUCAGUGAUUAACAGAACUGUUUCACAGAUCACAGAACUAUAUCAGGGUGUCAUUUCUCAGGCAGAAAUGUAGAUAAGAAUAAUGAAAUCCUGUUCCCCAAACAAGUGCAAGAACCACAGAGUCAAGAAUAGGUUAAAUAUACAAAUAAAAUAAAAACAAUUAAAAACAAUAGCACAUCAACAUAAAAACAUAUAAACAUAAAGCUGGAGCCUGAGGACAGUGUCCAAAAGCACAACAUCACUAUUAAUCAUAAAACACCUCAAGUUAUUUGAAAGUUCUGAGGACAAAGAACACACAAACACACAAUGCCUCAGUGAUUCACAGAAGUAUAUCACAGAUCACAGAACUAUAUCAGGGUGUCAUUUCUCAGGCAGAAAUGUAGAUAAAAAUAAUGAAAUCCUGUUCCCCAAACAAGUGCAAGAACCACAGAGUCAAGAAUAGGUUAAAUAUACAAAUAAAAUAAAAUCAAUUAAAAACAAUAGCACAUCAACAUAAAAACAUAUAAACAUAAAUCUGAAAGCGUUGCUCAAACUCCCGUAACAGUCCCGUUAUUUUAUCUUUGAACCGCUUCAUGUCUGCCACAUGUUGGGUCGCGCACACAUUUUUCAGACAGGGGAAGUGAGCUGCAUCACCACCGGCAAGUUGCGUCUCCCACAAUGACAGCUUCAACUUGAAAGAACGUAUGCUGUCAUAAUACUGCGUGACAACUUUGUUGCGGCCUUGCAGCUGUUUGUUCAAGUUAUUCAGGUGCUCUGUAACAUCCACCAUAAAUGCAAGGUCCUGCAUCCAUUCUGCGGAAUGAAAUUCUAACACUGGUUUGCCCUUUUCUUCCAUGAACUGUUCAAUUUCUUCUCGUAUUUCAAAGAAACGCCUCAGCACAGCACCUCGGCUUAAACAUCUUACCUCAGUGUGGUAUGGCAGGCCAUAGAUGUGGUCUUUCUCUCUGAGAAGGCUGUCAAACUGACGGUGAUUCAGGCUUCUGGAUCGGAUUAAAUUAACAGUUUGGAUGACCACCUUCAUGACGUUAUCCAUCUUUAAUGACUUGCAACACAAAGCCUCCUGGUGCAAAAUACAGUGAAAAGUCAAAAAAUCACGUCCUCCAUUUGCAGAUUGCACUUUCUCUCUGAACUUUGUCACAACGCCUGCUUUUUUCCCGAUCAUUGAGGGCGCACCAUCUGUAGCCAGGCUGACAGCGCGGGACCAGUCCACUCCGACCCUGUCCAGCGCGCCGACGAGUGCGGUAAAAAUAUCAGCUGCUGUCGUUGUAUCUGUCAUCGGCACCAACUCCACGAACUCCUCGGUGACGGUCAAUGUGUCAUCAACUCCGCGAAUGAAAAUGGCCAGUUGUGCAACAUCUGUAAUGUCCGUGCUUUCAUCAAUUGCAACCGAAAACGCAAUAAAUGACUUUACUUUUUGCUUCAACUGGCUGUCCAAAUCCACUGAAAGAUCGGAAAUCCUGUCUGCAACUGUGUUUCUUGUCAGGCUGAUAUUUGCAAAAGCCUGCCGCUUUUCAGGGCACACAAUCUCCGCUGCCUUCAUCAUGCAUGUUUUUACAAAUUCACCCUCACUAAAUGGUUUUGAAGCCACUGCGAUUUCAUUAGCAAUGAGGUAGCUAGCUUUCACUGCAGCGUCACUGAUGUCUCGGCUGUGAGUAAACACAGACUGCUGUUUCUUCAGACCCGCCAACAGUUCAUUCACCUUCUCUCAUCUCCGCUGUCCUUGAAAGUUGUCAUAUUUGUCGGCAUGAAGACUCACAUAGUGGCGACGAAGGUUGUAUUCUUUCAGCACUGCAACAUGCUCUGAACACACCAAACAUACAGCUUUCCCAUUAAAUUCCGUGAAUAAAUAGGAUGACCAUUUUUCUUCGAACACUCUGCACUCUGCAUUCUCUUUUUUGACAGAGACAUAUUGGGGCAAUGAGGGUGCCAAAGCACAUAAUGUUAAAAGUAGAAGCCGUAAUAAAUAUCGCGGGCAAAACAAAGUAGCUCAUUGGCUGCACGUGCUUGACCUACUUGCUCUGCCCUGGUAUAAACAUUUUUUUUUUUUUUAUCAUCUCGCGGGCCGGAUUAAACCCGUUUGCGGGCCUGAUCCGGCCCGCGGACCGGACGUUUGACACCCCUGAUGUAGAGAGACAUAAAAUAAAUAAUAACACAAGGAAUAAAUACACAAUGAGUACCGAUACCGUGGCUAUAUACACGCCGUACCAGUACCGAUACCUUGGCUAUAUACACGCCGUACCAGUACCGAUACCAUGGCUAUAUACACACGGUACCAGUACCGAUACCUUGGCUAUAUACACACGGUACCAGUACCGAUACCAUGGCUAUAUACACGCCGUACCAGUACCGAUACCUUGGCUAUAUAAAAAAACGGUACCACCCCCUCCCGGGGCUAUAUACACACGGUCCCAGUACCCCCUGGCUAUAUACCCCCAAACCAGACCGAUCCUGGUAUAACACCCGGUACCAUAGAUACCUGGCUAUAUAAACGCCGUACCAUCCGAUCCGGGCUAUAACACCCCCUCCCAUUACCGAUCCCUUGGCUAUAUAAAAACCCGGAAAACCAGUACCGAUCCUUUGGCUAUAUCACGCCGUACAGUCCCCCGAACCGGGCCAAAAUUAACGGUACAUACCGAAAAUUUUGGCUAUAUCCCCUACCAUACCGAUCCCUUGUUUUAUAAACACCCCGUACCAUACCGAUAUUUUUGGGCUAUAUCCACGGUCCAUACCGAACCUGGCUAUAAAAAACACCCCCGUAACCAGAAAAACCCUUGGCUUAUACCCCCGGUACCAUACCGUACCGGGCUAUAUACCCGGGACCAUACCGAUCCCUUGGCAUAUACAAGGGUCCAGUACCGAUACCUGGCAUAUCAACGGUCAUAAGAACCUUGGCUAUAUAAAAACCCGUACCAACCGAUACUUGGCUAUAUACAAUACCUAUACCUGGCUUAUCACCCGUCCAGUACCGAACCGGGCUAUAUACCCGGUCCAUACCGUACCGGGCUAUAUACACCGGUACCAGUACCUACCUUGGUUAUACACGGUAAACCGAUACCUUGGCUAUAUCCCCGUCCAUACCUCCCUUGGGCUAUAUACCCCCGGGUACCAGUACCGUACCUGGCUAUUACACCCGUCCCAGUACCGAUACUUGGCUAUAAAAACGCCCAGUCCGAUACCGGGCUAUAAAAAAAAGGUAAAAAAAAAAACCCCCCCCCCCAAAACCCCCCCCCCCCCCCGCCCCCCCCCCCCACACAAAAACAAACCAAAAACCCAAAAAAAAAACCCCCCCAACCCCAAACACCCCCGGUACCCCUUUUUUUCCCCCCCCCCCCCCCCCCAAAAAAACCCCCCCAAAACCCCCCCCCCCCCCCCCCCCCGGCCCCCCCCCCCCCCCUUCCCCCACCCCCCCGGAAAACCCCCCCCAAACCCCCCCCCCCUCCCCCCUUACCCCCGCCCCCCCCCGGCCCCCCCCCCUCCAAACCGGCCCCCCCCCCCCCCCCGCCCGCCCCCCCCCCCCCCCCGGCCCCCGCCCGGCCCCCCCCGCCCCCGGCCCCACCCCCGUCCCCCGGGGCUUUCCCCCCCCCCUUUUCCCCAAACCCCCCUCCCCCCCCCCCCCCCCCCCCCCAAACCCCCGGCCCCCCCCCCCCACCCCCCCCCCCCGGCCCCACCCCCCCCCCCCCCUUUUUUUUAAAACCCUUAGGGGGCUAAUUCACCCUUACCGAUCCCCGGCUAUAUACAAAAACAAACCCCCUACCGUACCGAUCCCUUGGCUAUAUACAACGGUACCAGUACCGAUACCAUGGCUAUAUACACCGUCCAUACCGAUACCUGGCUAUAUAAAAACCCGCCAAACCAUCCGAUUUUUUGGCUUUACAACCCGUACCAUCCGAUACCUGGCUAUAUACAACCCCGUACCAGUACCGAUACUGCUUAUAAAAAACCCCGGUACCAUCCGAUCCUUGGCUAUUCCCACCCGAAACCAUACCGAUCCCUUGGCUAUUCACCCCGUACCAGUACCGAUCCCAUGGCUAAAAAACCCCGGGCCCCAGUACCGAUACCUGGCUUAUACACCCAAACCAGUACCAUCCUGGCUAAAUAAAAAACCCGCCGUACAACCGAAAACCUGGCUAUAUACAGGGGUACCAUAACCGAUCCUGGCUAUUACACCCGUACCAGUCCGAUCCCCCUUGGCUAUAUACAACGGUACCAGUACCGAUCCCGGCUUAUACACCGGUCCAGUCCCGAUACCUGGUUAACACCCGUACCAUACCGUCCUGGCUAAUCCCCCAAACCCCAAACGGGGUAAAAAAAGAACCAGCCCUACCUUUGGCUAUAUCAACCGUACCGUCCGAUACCGGGUUUUUAACACGCUUUACCAGUACCGAUACCUUGGUUUAAUACCACUACCUACCGUACCUGGCAAAUUCCCCCGGGUCCCAUACCAUACCUUGGCUAAACACACGGUCCAUACCGAAAAAUUUGGCUAUAUACACCCGUACCAGUACCGAUCCUUUGCAUAUACACCCGUACCAUACCGAUCCUUGGCUAUAUACACGUUUCCCCAGUACCGAUACCUUGGCUAUAUACACGGGUACAUACCAUACCUUGGCUAUAUCCACGGUACCAUACCGUACCAUGAAAUUCCCGCCGACCAGUACCGAUCCCUUUGCAAAACACUACGUAAAAAUUUGAUUUAACGGUAAACCAAGGAAAAAAAAAGGAAAGGGCUUAUACAAAGGAGAGAAAAAAAAACCCUAGUAGUCCUUCUUUUUUCUUUCCAGUACCGAUCCUUGGCUAUAUAAACACCCAUACCGAAAACCGAUACUUGGGCUAUAUACACAGGGUACCAUACCGUCCUUGGCUAUAUCCCCGGUACCAGCCCCGUCCAGGGCUAUAUCCGCCGUCCCAUACCGAUCCCUGGCUAUAUAAACGCCGUACCAUUUUACCGAUACCUUGCAUAUCACCUGUACCAGUACCGAUACCAUGCAAAUUAAAAACCCCGUACCAGACCGAUCCCAUCUAUUAAAAACGCCGUACCAUACCGAUACCUUGGCUAUAUACCCCCCGUACCAGUACCGAUCCAGGGCUAUUAAAACGCCGUCCGUCCGUCCCUGGCAUAUACACCCCAAAAACCAUCCGUCCCCUUUGCUAUAUACACCCGAACCGAAAACCGAACCGUGCUAUAUACCGCCGUACCAUCCGAAAACCGUGGCUUAUACACGGGUACCAUCCAUCCUUGGCUAUAUAAAAACCCUCCCAGUCCCCAAAUACCUUGGCUAUUACACCGGUACCAGAAACCGAUACCGGGGCUAUAUACACACGGCCCAGUCCGAUCCUUGGGCUUAUACAAGGUACCAGUCCCCAUACCUUUGCUAUAUAAAAACGCCGUACCAUACCAUCCCUUGGCAUAUACCCGCCGUCCCAGUACCGAACCUUGGCUUAUAAAGCCGUCCCAAACCCGUACCAUGGCUUAUACACGCCGUACCAGUACCCGAUACCAUGGCUUAUAAAAACGCCGUCCAGUACCGUCCUUGGCAUUCACGCCCCAUCCGUCCAUGGCUUAUACACCCCGUCCCAGACCGAUACCAUUGCUUUUUCCAAAACGCCGUACCAGUACCAAACCCUUGGCAAAUUUCCCCACGCCGUACCAGUACCGAUACCAUGGCAUAUACACGCCGUACCUACCUACCUUGGCUUAAAACCUUGGAAAACCAGUAAUCCCUUUGGGGCUUUCCCCCCGUACCAGUACCGAACCUUGGCUUAUACCACGGUACCAGUCCCCGAUACCGUGGCUAUAUACACACGUAAACCAUACCAACCCUUUUGGGCUUAAAAACCAGGGUCCUUUUCCGUCCUUGGCUAUAUACACCGGUCCAGUACCGAUACUUGGUAUAUAAAACCCGUAGCAGUACCGAUACCUUGGCUAUAUACACUUACCAGUACCAAACCUUGGCAUAUACAAACGCCGUACCAUCCCGAUAUUUGGCAUAUACACACGGUACCAGUACCGUCCCUUGGGCUUAUCCCACGUACCGUACCGUCCCUUGGCUAUAACACCGGGUACCAGUACCGAUACCAGGGCUUAUCACCCAUCCCCAGUACCGAACCAUGGCUAUAUAAAAGCCGUACCAGCCCCGAACCUUGGCAUAUCACACGGUACCAACCGAUACCAUGGUAUUACCGCCGUACCAUACUGAUACCAUGGUUUAAAAACAACCCCGAACCAUACCGAAAACUUGGCUAUAUACACGCCGUCCAGUCCCGAUACCCAGGGCUAUAUACACGCCGUCCAUACCGCCAUGGCUAUAUCACGUGUACCUACCAAACCCCUUGCUCUAUACCACGGUCCCAGUACCGAUACCUUGCUUAUACCCGCACAGUACCAUACCAUGGCUAUAAAAACGCCGUACCAGUACCGAUCCCUUUGGCAUAUAAAACGUGUCCCCGUCCCCGUCCAGGGCUUAUACCCGGUACCAUCCCGUCCAUGGCAAAUAAACACCCGUCCAGUACCGAUACCGGGGCUAUACCAAAAAAUAAAUAAUAAAAUAAAAAUAUCCCAUUUAGCAGCUUUUACCCAAAGCACUUACAGUCUGCGUGAUACUUUUUUGUGUUUGGGUGGUCCCGGGACGAACCCACUACUUGGGUUACAAGCGCCGUCCUCCACUGAGUCGAGACCACAUGGGUACCAUACCGUCCCUUUGGGCUAUAAAAAAACCCGUCCAUCCCCGUACCUUGGCUAAACACCGGUACCAUACCCAACCAGGUUAUACACCCCGUACCAUACCGAUACCGGGGCUAAACACGCCGACCAUACUGGAACUUGGCUUUAAAAACCCCGUCCAGUCCAAACCAUGAAAAUUACCCAACCGUCCAGACCAUCCCAAUGGCUAUAACACGCUGUAACCAGUACCAAUACCUUGGCAAAUAUACACCGGAAACCAGACCAACCAUGCUAUAUACCGCCGUACCGUACCAAACCAGGUUUAAAAAUAAAAAAACCCGUACCGUCCCAUCCCCCUUUGGGCUAUAUCACUUGUACCAGUACCAUACCAGGGCUAUAUACACACGGUACCAGUACCGAUACCAUGGCUAUAUACACGCCGUACCAGUACCGAUACCUUGGCUAUAUACACAUAAUAAUAAAUAAUAAUAAUAAUAAUAUGCCAUUUAGCAGACGCUUUUAUCCAAAGCGACUUACAGUCAUGCGUGCAUACAUUUUUGUGUAUGGGUGGUCCCGGGGAUCGAACCCACUACCUUGGCGUUACAAGCGCCGUGCUCUACCAGCUGAGCUACAGAGGACCACAUGGUACCAGUACCGAUAUCUUGGCUAUAUACACGCCGUACCAGUACCGAUACCUUGGCUAUAUACACACGGUACCAGUACCGAUACCUUGGCUAUAUACACGCCGUACCAUUACCGAUACCAUGGCUAUAUAAACGCCGUACCAGUACCGAUACCAUGGCUAUAUACACGUGGUACCAGUACCGAUACCUUGGCUAUAUACACGUGGUACCAGUACCGAUACCUUGGCUAUAUACACGCGGUACCAGUACCGAUACCUUGGCUAUAUACACACGGUACCAGUACCGAUACCUUGGUUAUAUACACACGGUACCAGUACUGAUACCGUGGCUAUAUACACGUAGUACCAGUACCGAUACCUUGGCUAUAUACACGUCGUACAGGUACCGAUACCUUGGCUAUAUACACACGGUACCAGUACCGAUACCUUGGCUAUAUACACACGGUACCAGUACCGAUACCUUGGCUAUAUACACACGGUACCAGUACUGAGUCCAUGUGCAGGAGUACGAGGUAAUUGAGGUAGAUAUGUACAUAUAGGUAGGGAUAAAGUGACUAGGCAACAGGAUAGAUAAUAAACAGUAACAGCAGCGUAUGUGAUGAGUCAAAAUAGUUAGUGCCAACAGGGUCAGUGCAGAUAGUCCAGGUAGCUAUUGGCUAACUAUUUAAGUAACUAUUCAGCAGUCGUAUGACUUGGGGGUAGAAGCUGUUCCGCGUCCUGUUGGUUGAGUGCCCAGCUGUCCAUUCCUUUGACCAUCUAACAAUGAAAUGAGGACCACAGUGUAAAUAAUACGUCUGAUGUUUAAUAUGUCUAUAUGUACAUUAAGAUAAUAAAAUCAAAUUCAUUCAUUCAAUUAUUAAUCGGAAGAGAUUUGACUUUGGCUUGAUUUUCUAACGCAGACGUCGUGAUGACGGACGAGGGUGGUCUUCAGCUCGUGGAGGUGAUCGUCUGGGACCCCUGGUUGGCAGACCCCCAGGAUCCACAGGAACUGCAGGAGAGAGAGGUGACUGUGAGUACAGCACAUCACACACACCACACACCCACGGAUGGACAGAUCUGAGGCCUUCCCCAGUGGGCAAAACUGGUUGCAAUUACAUUAUGACAUCUUACAUGACGUCAUGGUCUGGAUGUAUACUGGUUGUAUAAGGACGUUUUGUUAAGGUCAGAAAAAUAUGUCUUCACCUGGCUGGUGGUAAAACAGAGUUGGAACUAAUCUGGAACACAAACACUAGCUAUGAUCCAAGGCUGGUUAGUAAUUACCCGGAGUGAAUAAAAUAUGAGUCUUAAAAUGAUAACCAAGAGUUGUGUGUCUACAAAUUCUUUGACUCAUCUUUGAUCCCAUCACUAUCACCACCUUUAUAAUGUGAGAUCAGAGGCUGUGUUCUCACCUGAAAGGCUGCAGUGCCGAGCUUAAGCUUGGGACACAUAGGGGAGAUGGGCAAAGGUUGAAAGCUAUCACCAGCCGCCAUCCAAGAUUCUACAUGACGAAUUGGGAUAGACCUCCUAUCACAGCCGUGCCCAACAACAGUGGUCACAGAUGGCUUUUGACCAUCUCUCCUAUGUGUUCAUUUAAAUUCCAGAGACACAGAAACAACAGUCCCAACUCCCACACCUCUGAGUCUUUCCCCACAUGGCCGACACGCAAUUUAUAUCGAUGUGAUUGAUGGUCAACCGCGCCGUGAUCAAAUGUAAAGUGAUAGCACGUCAGGCGACAAGAUUCUCUGCUCCAAACUCGACCUUCAUGUUCCUCCAGGUGACCUACCUCACCCAUGCAUGCAUGGAGCUCCAGCUAGGGGGGAAGAAGAUGAUAUUCGACCCCUGGCUGACGGGUCCAGCCUUCGCCAGGGGCUGGUGGCUGCUCCACGAGCCCCCUGCUGACUCCAUGGAGAGGCUGUGCAGGGCGGACCUCAUCUACAUCAGCCACAUGCACUCCGACCACCUCAGGUAUGUAGAGAUGUUACCAGUAUGGAGUAUGGUAGAAUGAAAUGAGUUGAUAUAGGAGGAUGGGCUCAACGUCACUGGAAGGGAAUGGAUGGAACGGUUUCAAACACAUCAAACACAUACUAUUCCAGCCAUUACAAUGAGCCCGUCCUCCGAUAUCUCCACCAACCAGCAACCACAGAUUUCAAUGUAUUUAUAAUUUUGGUCCCACUUUAAACUAAGUAUAAAGGCUUUAUAUAGCAUGCAUAAACCUUCAUAAGCACUACAUAAAUGCUAUACAAAAUAAUCUAUAAGCGUACGUCAUACUCUAUAAAUGGUUUAUACACUAUGUAUUUUUAUACACCAUUUAUAGAGUAUGAGAUAGGUUUACAGAUAAUAUGUGAAGCAUUUAUGUAAGCUAUAUUAAGCCUUUAUAAGUUGUACUUCGUGUAAAAUGGGACCCUAGCUUCAAUUCCGGAAGUAAACAGAUAUUUCAAUUCCAAUUUUCCUCAUGAGGAUGAGCACACAGAAGGCAGGAAGUUUUAAGAUAAUUGCUGAAAAAUGUAUUUUCAGCUACCCAACCUUAAAAUCCCUUUCUGCAACGAGGCCCGAUGUUCCCAUUUAUGUUGGCGACACAUCAAGGCCAGUGUUCUGGUAAGGGUUAUCUAUAUAUGUGUUACAUACAGUGGGGGAAAAAAGUAUUUAGUCAGCCACCAAUUGUGCAAGUUCUCCCACUUAAAAAGAUGAGAAAGGCCUGUAAUUUUCAUCAUAGGUACACGUCAACUAUGACAGACAAAAUGAGGAAAAAAAAUCCAGAAAAUCACAUUGUAGGAUUUUUUAUGAAUUUAUUUGCAAAUUAUGGUGGAAAAUAAGUAUUUGGUCAAUAACAAAAGUUUCUCAAUACUUUGUUAUAUACCCUUUGUUGGCAAUGACACAGGUCAAACGUUUUCUGUAAGUCUUCACAAGGUUUUCACACACUGUUGCUGGUAUUUUGGCCCAUUCCUCCAUGCAGAUCUCCUCUAGAGCAGUGAUGUUUUGGGGCUGUCGCUGGGCAACAUGGACUUUCAACUCCCUCCAAAGAUUUUCUAUGGGGUUGAGAUCUGGAGACUGACUAGGCCACUCCAGGACCUUGAAAUGCUUCUUACAAAGCCACUCCUUCGUUGCCCGGGCGGUGUGUUUGGGAUCAUUGUCAUGCUGAAAGACCCAGCCACGUUUCAUCUUCAAUUCCCUUGCUGAUGGAAGGAGGUUUUCACUCAAAAUCUCACGAUACAUGGCCCCAUUCAUUCUUUCCUUUACACAUAUCAGUCGUCCUGGUCCCUUUGCAGAAAAACAGCCCCAAAGCAUGAUGUUUCCACCCCCAUGCUUCACAGUAGGUAUGGUGUUCUUUGGAUGCAACUCAGCAUUCUUUGUCCUCCAAACACGACGAGUUGAGUUUUUACCAAAAAGUUCUAUUUUGGUUUCAUCUGACCAUAUGAUUUUCUCCCAAUCCUCUUCUGGAUCAUCCAAAUGCACUCUAGCAAACUUCAGACGGGCCUGGACAUGUACUGGCUUAAGCAGGGGGACACGUCUGGCACUGCAGGAUUUGAGUCCCUGGCGGCGUAGUGUGUUACUAUUGGUAGGCUUUGUUACUUUGGUCCCAGCUCUCUGCAGGUCAUUCACUAGGUCCCCCCGUGUGGUUCUGGGAUUUUUGCUCACCGUUCUUGUGAUCAUUUUGACCCCAAGGGGUGAGAUCUUGCAUGGAGCCCCAGAUCAAGGGAGAUUAUCAGUGGUCUUGUAUGUCUUCCAUUUCCUAAUAAUUGCUCCCACAGUUGAUUUCUUCAAACCAAGCUGCUUACCUAUUGCAGAUUCAGUCUUCCCAGCCUGGUGCAGGUCUACAAUUUUGUUUCUGGUGUCCUUUGACAGCUCUUUGGUCUUGGCCAUAGUGGAGUUUGGAGUGUGACUGUUUGAGGUUGUGGACAGGUGUCUUUUAUACUGAUAACAAGUUCAAACAGGUGCCAUUAAUAUAGGUAACGAGUGAAGGACAGGGGAGCCUCUUAAAGAAGAAGUUACAGGUCUGUGAGAGCCAGAAAUCUUGCUUGUUUGUAGGUGACCAAAUACUUAUUUUCCACCAUAAUUUGCAAAUAAAUUCAUUAAAAAUCCUACAAUGUGAUUUUCUGGAUUUUUUUCCUCAAUUUGUCUGUCAUAGUUGACGUGUACCUAUGAUGAAAAUUACAGGCCUCUCUCAUCUUUUUAAGUGGGAGAACUUGCACAAUUGGUGGCUGUUAAAUACUUUUUUGGCCCACUGUAUUAACAUGGUUUUACAACCAUAAAACAAAUGAGGCUGUCACCUUUGUGGGUUUACGUUGUCCUCGUUUAAACCAUGUUACAGGAUGCUGGAGAAAAGACAGUUGCAGCUGACAAAUAUCAACGUGGUUCCCUUUGGCGUUUGGCAAAACGUAAGCCUAAACAGCUCACUCUGAAUGAACAGUUUAUACGAUAGCAUGCAGGAACCCCUGUCAAAAGGCUCUCCUUUAAUGCCUUCUCCUGUUGUUAUCUCCGUCAGAUUGAUGAGCACCUCAGAUUCAUGAUUCUGAAGGAUGAAGUGCACCCCGAAAUGGAUACCUGUAUCAUUGUUGAAUAUAAAGGUACUCAUCAUUUGUAAGAGCAUAUGGCGCUAGCUUCGCAAAGAGUUGUGGGUUCAAUUCCUGCAGUCACUGGAAGUCCUUUUGAUAAAAGGGUCUGCUAAGUGGUAUAUACACUGAGUGCACGAAACAUUAGGAACACCUUGCUAAUAUUCAGUUGCACCCCUUUUUUGCCCUCAGAACAGUCUUAGUUCGUCGGGGCAUGGACUCUACAAGGUGUCAAACGUUACACAGGGAUGCUGGCCCAUGUUGACUCCAAUGCUUCCCACAGUUGUGUCAAGUUGGAUUGAUGACUUUUGGGUGGUGAACCAUUCUUUAUACACACAGGAAACUGUUGAGUACAUGAAAAACCCAGCAGCGUUGCACUCAAACCGGUGUGCCUGGCACCUACUACCAUACCCCGUUCAAAGGCACUUAAAUAUUUUGUCUUGCCCAUUCACCAUCUGAAUGGCACACAUACACAAUCCAUGUCUCAAUUGUCUCAAGGCUUAAAAAUCCUUUUUCGUCUCCUCCCCUUCAUCUACUCUGAUUGAAGUGGCUUUAACAAGUGACAUCAAUAAGGGAUCAUAGCUUCCACCUGGUCAGUCUAUGUAAUGGAAAGAGCAGAUGUUCCUAAUGUUUUGUACACUCAGUAUACAAACACAAGCAGGUCACACAUUCUGACUUUUGUCACACUUUAUCAACCUACAGAUUAUAAAUUGAUAAAAAUAUAGGUUCCAUGAGGAUAAUUGAGCCAAAUUAUUUUAUUGAAAAUGUUCUUCCUGUUUGAUUCAGGUCAUUGUCAAUUCAGUAAUAAAAAGCAAAAUAAAUUGCAAGUUAGAAUCUUAUCUCAACCUUAUCUCAUUGACGCCAUUUGACCGGUGCAUCUGAUCCUGGUUCUCCCACCCAGGUCAUAUGAUCCUCAAUACGGUGGACUGCACCAGGCCAAACUACGGCCGGCUACCCCACAAUGUGGACCUGAUGAUGAGUGACUUUGCUGGGGGGGCGUCUGGCUUCCCCAUGACCUUCAGUGGAGGAAAAUACACAGGUGAGUUGGGCAGGUAUACAGCGUCCAAGUGUACAGCCAGUAAAAUAACAGAGAAAUGAAUUGCUCCAUUGGGUUUUCCUUCUUAUUGCCAGCACAUGGAGUGAAUCUCAAUUGUAUUUCCUCUCUCCUCAUCUCCUUAUCUCCUCCUCAAAGCACAUUGGAGCAGAAUUUUUUUUUUUGUUUGUUUGUUUUUUGUCAUUUAGCAGACGCUCUUAAAUAAAAUAAAAUAAAUAGGUCAUUUAGCAGACGCUCUUAUCCAGAGCGACUUACAGGAGCAAUUAGGGUUAAGUGCCUUGCUCAAGGGCACAUCGACAGAUUUUUUCACCUAGUCGGCUCGGGGAUUAGAACCAGCGACCUUUCGGUUACUGGCACUACGCUCUUAACCACUAAGCUACCUGCCGCCCAAGGAUCUGAGGUUCCUUCCCUCAGAUGUUCUCCUCCAAUGAAUUUUGAGGAGGAGAAAACGGGAGAGGAAGCGAGGAAUCAAUGAAAUACAACUGAGAUUCACUCAUUGACUAGUGUCGCGUUCUCCCUGCAGAGAGCUGGAAAGCCGAUUUCAUCAAGAAUGAAAGGAAGAAGCUCAUGAACUACAAGGCCCAGCUGAUAAAGUCCUUGCAGCCCAAGAUCUACUGCCCGUUUGCGGGUUACUUUGUCGAAGCACAUCCCUCGGACAGGUAUCCCCAUUGAGAUGGGAGAACAUUGCCGUAUUUGAAUAAUGAGCACAAUAAGUUUCAUUUUCUAUUUCUCUCUGUGCCGUUAUUUCCAUGUUUUUAUUCUCACAUUACUGUAAUAUAUCCUCAAAAGAGAACAAACUUAACAACACAGUAAUAAAAUCUGCCUAUCCUAUCUGUAUUACAAAACCUUUACUAUUUUGUGUACAAAAGGUUCAGGUUAGGUUUUGACCCCUCUUAUCACUUCAAUUGCAGUCACUCAACAUAAGACGCAUCACAACUUGACAUUGACAACUGACAUACAUUAACUGACAGGUACAUUAAGGACACAAACACGAAAAACAACGCGGAGGAGCUCAAUGCCCUGAUCAAGAAGAGCGCUCCAGGCAUAGCAACAUGGACACCCAAGCCAGGUGCUGUGCUCGAUCUGGCCCUGGCUCUGAUGAGCCCCAGC